AACGAGCUGGCGGGGGCGAAAGAUGGCGACGCCCCUCGGGUGGUCGCAGGGGGGGUCAGGAUCUGUGUGUCUCGCCUUCGAUCAACUGCGGGACGUGAUUGAAUCUCAGGAGGAACUAAUCCACCAGCUGAGGAAUGUGAUGAUUCUCCAGGACGAAAAUUUUGUCAGUAAAGAAGAGUUCCAGGCAGUGGAGAAGAAGCUGGUGGAAGAGAAAGCUGCCCAUGCUAAGACCAAGGUCCUCCUGGCCAAGGAAGAGGAGAAAUUGCAGUUUGCCCUUGGUGAGGUAGAAGUAUUGUCCAAGCAGCUGGAGAAAGAGAAGCUGGCCUUUGAAAAAGCGCUCUCCAAUGUCAAGAGUAGAGUCUUGCAGGAGUCCAGCAAGAAGGACCAGCUCAUCACCAAGUGCAAUGAAAUUGAGUCUCACAUUAUAAAGCAAGAAGAUAUACUUAAUGGCAAAGAAAAUGAGAUUAAGGAGUUGCAGCAAGUAAUCUGCCAGCAGAAACAGAUAUUCAGCCCACGACCAGCCAGCUGGCUCCGUUGCAGGAAUCACAUGUCUGACUUCCAGAUCCAGAAGCAGCAGGAGAACUACAUGGCCCAGGUGCUGGACCAGAAGCAUAAGAAAACUUCAGGAAUGCGUCAGGCCCGAAGGCACCAACGUCUCAGGGAAAAAUAAAAUGGUGGUCACCUACCUGUUCUUUGCCCAACCUCUGCCUUGUCUGCUCUGGGGGAUCCUCAACCCUUCCCUUCCCAUUCUGGUGGGUCCAGUC